GAGAAGACGAUCAUCUUUUCUCAGUUCACCUCGGUGCUCAAUCUCAUCGAGCCUUUCCUGAAAAGACAGGAUAUACGUUUCUCCCGACUGGAUGGAAUGAUGGACAUGAAAAAGCGCAACCAGAAACUGAUCGCCCUUCAAACCGACCCCGAUGUUACUGUCGUAUUGAUUUCAUUGAUGGCGGGAGGGACUGGGCUCAAUAUUACAACUUGCAACAACAUUGUUCUAUUUGAUCUAUGGUGGAACCCUGCUGUUGAGGAGCAGGCAUUUGCUCGUGCGCAUUGCAUAGGACAAAGCAAGACUGUCAAUGUUUACAAGCUUAUCACACAAGACACCGUGGAAAUGCGAAUCAUGGAAGUGAGCCUGUUUCUUUGCCGUGCUCUGUAA